UACAUGAUCUGAGGAGGUCUAAAAAUACACUUGCAAAAAUGAAAUUGUUCGUAGUACUAGCGGUGGUCGCUUUGUCUAACGCUGCCAAGUUAGACAAAACCUACCUCCCUCCCUCUCACUCCCAAACCUCUGGUGGAUCAGGAACUUUCCUUGAAACCCCACUCGGAGAUCAGGGCCAAGGCCAAGCUGGAAUUGGCUUUGCCAGAAACGGCAACGGAUUCUCCCAGAACGGAAACGGCUUCUCCCAGAACGGAAACGGAUUCUCCCAGAACGGGAACGACUAUGCCCAGAACGGAAACGGUUUCAACAACUUCGAAAACCGCCCUGAGCGCGCCCAGGCUGCCUUUGAGAGGAACGCUGCCAUCCUUCGUCAGGACAACCAGAAUGAUGGAGAGACCUACUCUUAUGCUUAUGAAACUGAAAACGGUAUAUACGCUGAGGAGAAUGGUGUAGCUACCAAUGGCGUGGAGGCUCAGGGUGGCUUCUCUUACACCGGUGACGACGGUCAGGUUUACAGCAUCAGAUACACCGCUGACCAGAAUGGAUUCGUGCCCCAGGGUGACCACCUCCCUACCCCUCCCCCCAUCCCGGAAGAGAUCCUGAAGGCUCUGGAACAGAACUCCCGCGACGAGGCUGCAGGCAUCUACGAUGAUGGAUCUUACAGCGAGGGCAAAUACGGCAACAGCGAAGACCAGUACAGCGGCAACCAAUACAAUGGCAACCAGUACAACAACAACGGCAAUUUCAACAACCAGAACGCUUACGAAGGCGAUGACGACUCCGUUGUGACCAACUCUGCUCUCUUCCGUAACUCUGGCAAUGGUCUUAAUGGAAACCAGGCCACCAACAAGGCUUACCUCCCUCCCAACCAGGACCGCUUCAACCCUGAAGCUAACCAGGGUUUCAGCCGAGCUAGCCAGGGUAUAUUCAACAAUGGACCAGCUAGCCAGGGUUUCAGCAGGGGACAGGGUGUGAACAAGGCAUACCUUCCCCCUGUCGCUGGCCAGAGGAACCCCGGUUUUGGAAGCAGGACUAGACAGCCCAGCUUCAGUGCUAGGAAUGGAUACAGAUACUAAAACGACUGCUAGCUACGUGUUAAUGUUUGACUAAAUUUUAUUACAUAUUUAAAUGA